UUUAUAUCCGUUAGGUCUCUUACUCUUCCGUCUCCAUUAUCUCCAGUUUUAGUUUCUCUCCUUCUACACACAACUUUCCUCUCACCUCACACCUCACACCCUCACACUCAACGUACACCAUACUCUUAUUAGAUAUCAACUCUCUAUCUCUCUCUCUGUCUCUAAAACUGUGAAAAUCUAUAGAUAUAGUGAGAGAAAACACUGAGAUAUAUAUAAAUAUAAUGCGGACUGUCAAAUCCACUCCGGCUAUGGCUUCGUCUUCUACCCAUUCUUGUACUUCUUCACCGUUACGACGCUCUCCGCCUCCGACGUAUCAUCGUCAAACCUUCUCUGAAUCGAUCAUGGAAGAGAACGUCGAAAUUGCCGAAUCAAUCGUCACCAAAUGGGACGUGGACGCCGCAACCUACUCCAAAUUCGCACAUCUGUUCAGCGACGACCGAAGAGAAGCCAAGGAGUUUCUCAAAUCGGUGAAGGGAUUGCAAGACGCGAUGCAAUUCUUCUUAUCGGAGAAUCUGAGUUCCGACAAGCUUGUUCGAGCUCAGAGCUUGAUGCAAAUCGCCAUGAAGAGGCUCGAGAAGGAGUUCUUUCAGAUACUGUCUUCCAACAGAAACUUUCCCGAUCGUGAAUCGGUUUCGAGCCGGUCGUCACGAGCAUCGGCGAGAUCGAUGAAUUCGGCUUCGGAAGACGAGUAUUCCGAAGAUGAAUUUCAGGUGGAAGAAAAUUCAAUCUCCGAAGUCGAGCGAGUUUCGAUGAUUGCAAUGUCUGAUCUGAAAGCCAUCGCAGAUUGCAUGAUUUCUUCAGGCUACUCAAGAGAGUGUGUGAAGAUUUACAAACUGAUUCGGAAAUCGAUUGUUGAUGAAAGCUUGUACGAACUCGGAGUUGAGAGGCUCACUUCCUCUCAGAUUCAGAAGAUGGACUGGGAGGUGAUUGAGCUCAAGAUCAAGCACUGGUUAAACGCGAUGAAAGUCGCCGUGAAGACGCUCUUCAACGGCGAGAGAAUUCUCUGCGAUCACGUCUUCUCUGCCUCCGAGAAAAUCAGAGAGUCGUGCUUCGUGGAUAUAUGCAGAGACGGCGCAAUUUCACUGUUUCAAUUCCCAGAAUGCGUAGCGAAGAGCCAGAAAUCACCGGAGAAAAUGUUCCGCACACUCGACCUCUACGAGUCCAUUUCCGACCUCUGGCCGGAAAUCGAGUCCAUCUUUUCAUUUGAAUCAACCUCCGCAGUCCGAUCACAUGCCGUCACAUCUCUCGUCAAGCUCGGCGAUAAUGUUCGUGCAAUGCUGUCAGACUUCGAGGCGGCGAUCCAAAAGGACACGUCCAAGUCGCCGGUGCCAGGCGGUGGUAUACAUCCUCUGACGCGUUACGUCAUGAACUACGUCGUCUUCCUCACCGACUACAGCGGAAUACUCUCCGACAUAGUCGCCGACUGGCCGUUGUCCGUACAGAGUCCCAUGCCAGAAUCUUACUUCUUAUCGCCGACCGCCGACGACAGCCCGACGUCGGCGAUAUCGUUGCGGUUGGCUUGGCUCAUACUCGUCCUCCUCUGUAAGCUCGACGGCAAAGCCCAGCUCUACAAAGACGUGUCGUUAUCGUACCUGUUCUUAGCAAACAACCUAAACUACGUCGUUUCCAAGGUGGCUUCAUCGAACCUGAGACUUCUCUUGGGCGAGGAUUGGUUGAUGAAGCACGAUACAAAGGUGAGACAGUACGCAGCGAACUACGAACGAAUGGGGUGGAACAAAGUGAUCUCAUCACUGCCUGAUCAGAAUCAGACGGCUGAUAUUUCACCUGAGACAGCGAGGGAGUGUUUCAAGAGCUUUAACUCGGCCUUCGAAGAGGCGUACCGGAAACAGACUUCUUGGGUUAUACCGGAUUCGAAACUCCGAGACGAGAUCAAACUCUCGCUGGCGAAGAAUCUCCUGCGGACGUAUCGGGCGUUUUACGAUACGUAUCGGAUGACGUGUCCACGAGUGGUGGGUUUUGUUGAUUCGUUGGUCAGAUUUGCCCCUGACGAUUUGGGAAAUUACUUGUCGGAUUUGUUUUACGGCACCGGAGGAUCAGGAUCAGGAUCAGGAUCAGGAUCGGGCAGCACGUCGUCGUCUCAUCCGUCACCUUCGAGGGAUCGGCGAUCCAAUUGAGGAGUUACGUCUGUUUUAAUCGCCGGCCGUAUUCAUGACUAAAUUCCAAUAACGACAAGGACCUGUGGGGGCCAUACCAUAACUAUUAACGAUUCUUUUGUGUUCCAAGCAGAUAGGACCAAACUGUACAAUUGAUUUAAAAAAAAAACAAACAAACAAACAAACUGUACAAUUGAUUCUUGAUAUUUUGGCAUGAUUUUUUAAAAUAAUAUAUUAAUUUUUGUACCUUUAUCUUA